UGACGCGGCGUUGUCGUUGGCGUUUGUUUUUGAACAAAUGGCGGUGAGGGCGACGCGCAGGGAGUUGGCGUUGGAAAAGGUGCUCGGGAUUACGUUAUCAUCAAGCAGUGGACUCUGCUGUGAUCCCAAGACCGGCUUAGUUGCCUAUCCUGCAGGAUGUACUGUGGUCAUCUUCAACCCAAAGAAAGGGAAGCAGACCCAUAUCUUCAAUGCAUCCAGGAAGCCCAUUACGACGUUGGCGUUCUCGCCGGAUGGGAAGUAUCUCGUGACAGGCGAGAGCGGCCACAUGCCGGCCGUGCGGGUGUGGGAUCUGGCGGACAGGACCCAGGUCUCCGAGUUCCAGAGGCACAAGUACGGGAUCUCGUGCGUGGCCUUUUCCCCCAACGUCAAGUACGUCGUGUCCGUGGGCUACCAGCACGACAUGAUGGUCAACGUGUGGGACUGGAGGAAGGGCGCUCUGAUCGCGUUCAACAAGGUGUCCAGCAAGGUGACCGCAGUUUCCUUCUCAUCUGACAACAGCUACUUUGUGACGGUCGGUAAUCGUCACGUCCGCUUCUGGUACCUCGACGCCUCCAAAGUCUCCAAGGCGAACCUGACGGUGCCACUUCUCGGCCGCUCCGGACUCCUCGGAGUACAGCGCAACAAUUUCUUCUGCGACGUGGCGUGUGGGCGGGGGAGGAUGUCGAGCAGCACGUACUGCAUCACGUUCUCGGGGCUGCUCUGCGAGUUCAACGACAAGCGCAUGCUCGAGAAGUUUGUGGACCUGAAGACGCCGAUGGCGAGCUGCAUCUACGUGAGUGAGGAGCUCAUAUUCUGCGGCUGUGCCAACGGAGUGGUGUGCGUGUUCGGCGCGGAGGACCUGCGCAAUGUGGCCAUCCUGCCCAGGCCGCACUGCCUGGGCGUGGACGUGGCCCUGGGCGUGCAGCCGAGCCACCUGUUCGCCAGCAAGCUGGACGCGCGGUUCCCGGACACCGUGGCGCUGACAUACGACUCGAGCAACGCGUGGCUGACGUGCGUCUACAACGACCACAGCCUGUACACGUGGGACGUGCGCGACGCGCGGCACGGCAAGCGCUUCGGCAAAGUCUACUCGGCGCUCUACCACAGCUCCUGCAUAUGGGGCGUUGAGGUGUACCCGAUGCUCGAAGAGAGCAGCCCAGCGUGCCUCCCUCCUGGCUCGUUCCUCACCUGCUCUUCCGACAGCACGAUCCGCGUGUGGAGCAUCGACGCGCCGGCUGCCACCCAAGCGCCGUCCUUCCACCGGAACGUCUACAGCAACGAGCUGCUCAAGGUGAUGUACUGCGAUGAGAGCUUGCAGUCGCUGCAGGACCUGGACUACAACCCCGCGGGCAGCACCGACAAGACGGACCACACGCUUACCGAGGCCAAGCUGGGCAUCCGGGCCCUGUGCGUGAGCCCCGACGGGCAACACCUGGCCUCCGGGGACCGCAUCGGCACCGUCCGGAUCCACGACCUGCAGUUCCUGGACGAGGUGAUGCAGAUCGAUGCCCACGACUCGGAGGUGCUCUGCCUGGAGUACUCCCAGCCCGAGACAGGAGUGAAGCUGCUGGCGUCUGCCAGUAGAGACCGGCUGAUCCAUGUGCUGGACGUCGAGGGCAACUACGACCUCAUGCAGACGCUGGACGACCACUCCUCCUCGAUCACCGCCGUCAAGUUCAUCGGAGGUGCUGAGCAGCUUAACAUGGUGAGCUGCGGAGCUGACAAAUCCAUCUACUUCCGCACAGCACUGAAGUCUCCGGAUGGACUGAGGUUCUCCCGGGUUCACCACGUGGUGGCGAAGGCCACGCUCUACGACAUGGACGUGGACGCGACGGGGAAGUACGCCGUCGUCGGCUGUCAGGACCGCAACGUCAGGAUUUUCGAUGUUUCAAGUGGGAAACAGAAGAAGUGCUACAAGGGCUCCCAGGGCAAGGAUGGCUCUCUCAUCAAGUUGCAGAUGGAUCCCUCCGGGAUGUACGUAGCCACCAGCUGCUCCGACAAGAAUCUCUCGCUCUUUGAUUUCUACACGGGGGAGUGUGUGGCCUCCGCCUUUGGGCAUUCAGAAAUUGUGACGGGUAUGAAAUUUAGCCACGACUGCAAGCAUCUCAUUUCAGUAUCGGGGGACAGCUGCAUGUUCCUGUGGCGGCUGCCGUCGGACCUGACGAGCGUCAUGCAGCGGCGGCUUGGAGAGAUGACCCAGAACCGGAAACCAGCACUGCCCAAGCAGCCCCCGGCUCUCCGCAGGGAGACGUACGUGAUGCAGCCGCGUGCGGCCGUGCUCGGAUACAUCACGGAGGAGCGCGAGGGCGGCGAGGAGGAGCGCGAGGGCAGCGAGGAGGAGGAGUGCGAGGACGACGUCGAGGAGGAGCGUGAGGACGACGUCGAGGAGGAGCGUGAGGACGACGUCGAGGAGGAAUCGGACGGACUCGACGCUGUCAUCUCACUGGAUGAUUGCAUGAAGAGAACAGCAAAGACCCCAAACUGGGCUAGGCUCCAGCGAGUGCCGAACGGCACAGAGGCGGGCCAGGAGGCGGCCGGCGUGGCCUGGCAACCGCGCAGGCGCUGGGGCCAAGGCAUUGACAAGGAGCAGACCGAGAAGUCGCUGCAGGACCUGUGCAGGCUCAGCGUGGAGACGCCGACGCCCUCACCGCUGACGGAGCGCGACUCGUGCUGCUCGCUCGAGAGCGGGGACGGUGUGUGCAUCGAGGAGGCCACCAAGCUGGCACCCACCGACCUCAAUGAUCUAUUCAAAGAGCUGGAGAGCGGCAGGCGCACGAGCGAACCGUUCUCCAAGCCCGGCGCGGGCCGCUUGGAGACGCCGCCGCCGUCGCGAAACGAGGCCGCCCCGUCCCCCGAGCUGGACACGCCGAGCGACGACGCUGGCGGUGCCGGCGGCGGCAGCGGCGGCGAGGCCAUCAUCUACACGCAGCCCGGCGAUGCCGACGCUGCCCCUGACAGUGACUACCAGGUGACGGAAAUCCCCAAAAGCGUGCGCGGCAAGAGGAGCCCACGAGCCCACGCGAGGGCCAGCCCCAACCAUGUGUCCAGCCACAGCCCGGCCCACGACGUCACAGCCAGCUUGCCCCCUCCGCUUGCUGAUUUGGAGCGGCCAGACCUCCUCGGUGCGGAGAUGUGUUCCGAACUGUCCAAGAUUGAGGAGGAUAUUGAGGACGAAGAUAAGGACGAGGACGCUGAGGAGGUUCAUGAUGAUAACGAGAAGGAGGAGGAAGAGGAGGAAGAGGAGGAAGAGGAGGAAGAGGAGGAAGAGGAGGAGGAGGAAGAGGAGGAGGAAGAAUGUACCGCUCUGGAGGAGGAAGAGGAGCCAUCUCAAAUGCCCAAGCAAGAGACCUUCUUGAAACAGAACUUUGAAACACUGGCAGACUUCGUCCGCAAUGAGCUGUUCGACCGGAGCCUGGAGGGGCUCUGUCCCACCCCGCAGCCGAGGAAGGAGAUCGCGCUGAACCCCCGCCUCAGCAUCUCCUCGCGCUUCCUCUUCAAGGCCUUCCGCACGCAGCCCAGGGAAGGGCGCCAGCUGCCCAUGAGACCGCGACUGUUGCCGGCGAACCCACCGACGCUGUUGGACAGGGCUGCGACGCAGGAGCUGCCACUGGGCCGGCGCGAGUGCCAAUCCCACGCGUCCGAGACCCUCGGCACGACCCGGCUCUUGCCUCCUCCCAAGGACCCGGGCAGCGAGGAGAGGAGCCUGGCACUCGCGGGAAGUCACGAUUGCGACAAAAUCGCCAAGUCCCAGUCCGACCACAUCGGCAACACCGAGGCAGCGGGAGACGGAAGUACGGGGCCCGUUGUUCCCGGCCUGCAGCCCCCUGCAGUGAAAUCGUCAUCAGCUCCUGACCUCGGUGAUGCAGCCACGCAGCUUCACGGUCGCCCGCUGUGGACCGAGACAGAACGGAGGGCGCCGCAGCGCAGGCUGCUGCCUCUGUCUCCUGGCUGCGGCGGCAGCGACGCCGUGCCGACGGCUUCCGAGGAGGGCGCGUCGCCGUGCGCGUCGGGCACGGAGGGGCCAAGCGCGGACACGACGGAGAGCCUCGCCGCGAGAUGCGCAAUGAGCGGCGACGACGACGCCACCUCCGUCGCGAAGGCCGCCUUGACGGACACGCUCGACGAUGGAUCUCGUGCCGCCAUGGAAGGCGCCGCCAAGCGGAAAAAGGAAACGGCUCCGGCCAACGACGUCGCUGCGCGUGAGAGAGGAUUCGCCAGGUCAUCCCAAGGUCAAGAGCGGGCAUCGUUCGGCAGCGUACCCCCCAGCUGUUCCGCUCCAUCAAGGCUGUCGAAGAGUGACGGAGCGGAGGAGGAAGCUCCAAGCAAGCUCCUCGACAGGACGAUGAUGCCGCCUCCGGACUUGAGCGCGUUUGGAGCAAACCCAACAAAGCAGAGACCGAGUUCCGCGCGGCGCAGCGUGAAGCCGGGGGGUCCCUCCGUGCCGUCCACAGAGUCCAGAGUGAAGCCGGCGUUGAACUCCGGCAAGCGGGUGUGCGCUGAAGGUGCCGGCGGAUCGGUGGGGAGAGCACAACGCGACGUCGAUUGUGAAUCGGAGAAGGGAAUCUCAAGUCCUACCGAUGGAAGUUCCUCGCAGGUAGCCGACGCAAGAGAAUCGGAGUCGCAGCUACGCUGCGAUGUAACACCGCAACGUAACGUUGCAACGCACCGAAGCGAUGCCACCCAGCGCGGCGAUGCCAGCGAGAGAGGCCACCCCGAGAACGGCAAGCCACAGCCAAACCAGAGCUCCUCUCGGGCUCAUGCCGCUCAAGACAAACCAUUGGCUGCAGAGCAGGACUCCAAUCAUUCCGAUGCCUUUGCUACAAAGGUAAAUCCCGCAGGUGAUUCUGUAAUUGCGGAAGUAGCUCACGGUAAAGGGCUUGCUGCGAGACGUCGGGUUGCGAUCCACAAAGAGCAAGCGGCCAGCGCUGCUGCGGACAACGCGGACUGCAGCGAUGACGCGAGGCUUCUGGGAGCGCAGCGUCGAGGCGUCGGAGCAGCGCCGUGCGGCGGCAGUGUCGUCGCCACAUCCUGCGGAGCGGCUGCCCGGUCGGGCAAUGGCCAGGCGUCUGUAGAAGGCGGAACAUUCGUCGUGAAUAUUUCGGACAAUUUGAAAAGCGCCCGGGGGUCGGGUGUGCGCGUCGACACUCCGGAAAAUCUGCGGAACGGAAACGCGGCGCCCGACUCGAUCGCACGUGCAAGCGGCGGGGGUGUUGAGAGGGGCAGCUCUAGCCAAGUGAGCUGCGCCGGGGCGCCGCCACCUCGUACGGAAAUGCUUGUCAAGAGGGGCUCUGAUAAGCCCAGAGUCGAGUCGGACCGCAGACCGUCAGGGCGGACGGCGGGAGUGGGGAGAACGUCCACGCCUGAAUCGGCCUCCUCCUGCCCGGUGCCCGGCGACGCGGCGUCUGUGCCGGGACAGACGAGGGAGCUGGUGAACGGCCGUACGGGCGGGGGUGGCAACCCUCCUUCUGCGGAGGCCUCCGCGGACGGAAAGGGGGGCGGCUCGGCCUCGGGGCUCUCUGCGACAAAGGAGGCGUUUGCGGGCAACUUAAAGAACAAUGGCCGCCUGAAGUGCAUCGAGAUCUCUGACGGAAGCAAUGGAGCACCAGGACAGCUUACUGGAGCUGCUGAGGACGCUGCUGCCGCUGCUGAGCAUACACAGUUGAACAGGAAGAACCUCUUGCCCGGCGACCGAGAGCUCGACGGUGACACAGGGCUGCCCGUGACGGAGGAGGAUUGUCAGCUGGUCCUGAGCGAGCUGCGUUCCGCGGUGCGCAAAGCUCUACGCCUCUACAACCGGGUUUCCACGGCGGACUCCGAACAGCACGCACAGACGGCCGCUGUGCUGCUCCACAGCUUCUCCUCCCUGGGGGCGGAACUGGAAUCUGUCGCUCGUCUGUCGAGUCCUGAGCGGGAGGGCGAGCCCAGCGAUGCCGCUGGCGCCGCGCGCCCUGCCGUGCAGAGAGGCUGCCAACAGCAGCAGCAACCGAAUUCUGGUUUCCGUAAAGCACAUGUCUCCAUCGCGCAGGGCGCAGGCUCACAGAGCCAGCAGCAGCAGCAGCCGUGUGCGGAGCUGCCCGGCUGGGCGGACGGUAAGGCCGUUCACCUGCUGGAGCAUUACUCCGACCUCAUGGUGCAGCUGGUGGAGCGUAAGAUGGCGUGCACCGCGUGCAAAACCACGCGAACCUAAACCACUGCCCGCCAGGGCCUCGUGUGCAUCACCGGUGCGUGCUCGCAAUGCAGUCGGAUGAUAACAACCCUUUUCCACCGCACACCCGAGCCGUACCACAGCACAGCACGGCAACGGGUGCUUUUUUUCACCGGCAUUUUGCCGAGCCGGAACCUUGAGCCGAGUUCUACGCCGGCCUCGUCAUCUGAAUCGGGCUCGGAGCCAUCACCGCGCGCCAUCUACGCGCAUCUCAGCGUCCCAGCCGGGCGCGCCCUGCGCCCCGCGCUGACUCGAAACGGUGCCAGCACGGCUCGGUUUCUGCGAGUGGAAAAGAGGUGUGGAGGGAUGAGGGACGGGGGACAAUCUUGCGUUGUUUGUAUGUUUGGAAUGAACGCGUGUGAGAGCAUAUCACUCAAAAAUACAUCCGGGGGUAUGUCUUGUGAUCUUGAUAGCCACGUGGCAGAGACCAGAUUUUUGUGUAACUUUAUCGACACCGGGCAGUACAUCUUGUAGUCUGGAGACUUACGGGAACUCCGCUGCCGUAUGCCGGUCACCUGGUAGCCCGGCAGGUUUGGGGUCUGAGUCUCAUUCACAAAAAGUAAUCCCCAGCAAUCCCUCGGCCCUUCGUGCAUAGGCCCCCCCAUGGGCACCACACCGUGUGCACCGCCCAGCAGGGUGGUCCUGCCAGGACGUAACGAGCAACAGGCGCAGCCCUGCAAUCGCUCGCUCACGCCACCGCCGGCAGAAGGGCCUCUACCGUAGAGGGGGGACCUCUAGAGGAGACCGUCUAGAGCAGGGGUCGGGCCAUCAAAAUAACAUGACGAGAUAUUUGAUAUGAAUUCCAUAAAUAAAAACUCGAUAUUUCAAGAGCUGCUUAUUAAAUAGCCGGGUGUGCCUCCAGAGCCACAGGUUGGCGACCUCUGAUUGAGAGGGUAUUUGGCCUACUCUUCCACGCUGGCAAAAUAUCUGCGCUCCGUUUAGAUAGAUAUCACCUUGUUAUCGAACUGCUAAUUCACUCUGCCGUCCAGCUCUGUGUGUGUGUGAGACGUAUUUUGUCGAUGUCUUUGUUCGCUUGUGGUUUGCAAGUAUAUGCCUACGUAUGUGAGUUUUCCCAUUCUUUAGCCUCCGAUUGUUUCAGAACUAGAUCAAUGCUCCGUUGAUAGAGCAGCGUUGACACUCUGCUUCUCGUGUGUGUUUUAAGUGUAUUUCCAAAAAAUACUGUUAUAUUUUCCAUGUAAAUGAAGUAUUCGAAGCUCGUGGGAGACGCGGACGUGUGGAAGUGUUUUGGCACAGUUUUAAACGGCACAUCUUGCAGUGCAGGGAUGCGUCCCCGAUUUAUUAUUCCCGUUUCGUCAGAAAAGUCAGUAAAUCCGAGCCUGGAUACAAAAAUUUGGGACCGAAUCGAUCCGAUGACGCGAGGUCACGGGGCAGUGAUGUCGCUUUCGAGCACCGUCACUUCCGAGCCGUUGUCGGCAACAGCGGCGCCGUCGGGGCGACGUGGUCGACAACGCGGCACGGCGGCGAAAUUUUCCCCUUUACGUCACAUUUUUUGUUGGAAACUCUUCCUCCAGUCAUUCACACAGCUUACCGUUGCGUUUUUAAACCAGCAGCGAGUUGCUGCUCACGUCAGACGCGCGUUCGUCAAAGCUUUCGUACCGUCUUCAAAUAAAGUAGUUGGCAUUGAAACUGCCGCUUGUAAAUCGAGGUUUUCUCUUAAAUAAAUAUUUUGCAUCACUUUGUUAA